AGAAUCGUGUGGAGACAGUACUCAUUAUGCCUACGCGUACGCACGUACAGCCCUCCCACGACAACCACCGCAUCAUCAGCCAAGCAAGAGGAACUGAGAGAAAAAAUACAUCCUGCACUCAGUGUGUACGACGACAGAUAAUCUUGGAAAGAGCGCCGAAUUUUUGGGUCGAGAUUCGUCCGUUUGAGUGUUAAAUUUUGGAAUUGAAGAAAACCGAACUACUAAUUCGAACGGGGAAAACAGACGGAUUAGCGAGGGCUCGACUUAAGGAGAGGGGGUUAAGCGGGUGGAUUUUACGGCGCAAGGUGGUCGGGUCGGUACGGUGCGAUGGUGGUUGUGGCAACAUCAUGCGGCUUGGUCAAGAUGCUACCGAUGGUUGGUCUGUGUCUAAUCGCCUGGGCCGUCAGUGGGAUCUACGGGGCUCGGGAUGACGUCUACACCAACAGCUUCUUGGUGGAGAUGCGCGAUGGUGCCGGUGAGGCUGCCCAUAGUAUAGCCAAGAGACAUGCUUUCGAAUAUCGGGGAACGGUACUGGGCCAGGAUAACUUACAUCAUUUUGUGCAUAAACGGAGUUCACCGCACGCGCACCGGCGACGGCGAAGCACUGAGCAUGUGCAGACGCUAGAGGCAGAACCUAUGAUAAAGCGGGUCAUCCAACAGACGGGUUUCAAGAGGGACAAGAGAGGCUUCAAGGAUCUGCACCAGGCGUUCAGGAGGUUCAGGCGCGAAGUGGCCGCCAAGACGACCAGCACUGACACGGGCGGAGAAUCGGGUCAAGACAAGGACACAGAGAAGAGCUGGACGGACUUCAACGAUCCGCUCAUACCUAAACAAUGGUUCCUGAAAAAUACCGGUCAGGCCAACGGGAAGAAGGGCCUGGAUCUCAACGUAGAGGCCGCCUGGAAAAAAGGCUACACGGGUAAAGGCGUGACCAUUGCAAUCAUGGACGAUGGUAUCGAUUACAUGCACGACGAUCUAGCGCCCAACUUCAAUCUAGCUGCUAGCUUUGAUUACAGCAGUAAUGAUGCAUUCCCGUACCCACGAUACACGGACGACUGGUUCAACAGUCAUGGAACACGGUGUGCAGGCGAGGUCUCUGCCGUAGCCAAUAACGGUAUCUGCGGAGUUGGUAUUGCUUACAACUCGAAAAUCGCAGGAAUUCGCAUGUUGGACCAGCCCUUCAUGACCGACCUGAUCGAGGCAUCGUCCAUGCGACAUGAGCCGCAGUUGAUUGAUAUCUACAGCGCCAGCUGGGGGCCGCAGGACAACGGCAAGACGGUGGACGGGCCGCGGGACCUGACACUAGAGGCGAUCGCUGAUGGAGUCAAUAAGGGACGUGGUGGCAAGGGUAGCAUCUACGUGUGGGCCUCAGGAGACGGUGGCCCAAACGACGACUGCAACUGUGACGGGUACGCGUCUAGCAUGUGGACCAUCUCCAUCAACUCGGCCAUCAAUGACGGGCGCACCGCCCUCUACGACGAGUCCUGCUCAUCCACGUUGGCCUCCACAUUCAGCAACGGCAGGAACAGGCAUCCCGAGGCUGGUGUGGCCACUACGGAUUUGUACGGUAACUGCACGUUAGCUCACUCGGGCACAUCAGCUGCGGCACCUGAGGCUGCUGGUGUCUUCGCUCUGGCUCUAGAAGCUAACCCCAGCCUGACUUGGAGGGAUAUCCAGCACCUGACCGUCCUGACCUCCAAGCGCAAUCAGCUCUACGACGACAACUACCAGUGGCAGUGCAACGGGGUGGGCCUGGAGUUCAACCACCUGUUCGGCUUUGGCGUACUGGACGCCGGAGCCAUGGUGGAGCUGGCCGAGAAAUGGAAGACAGUGCCGGAACGGUUCCACUGUUCAGGGGCCACCUACAAGGGCGUCAGUCAAGUUCCAGACGGUCGUUCUGGUGAGAAGCUGGUCUUGCGACUCACCACUGACGCCUGCGACGGCCAGGACAACAUGGUGAACUACCUGGAACACACUCAGGCUAUCAUCACCCUGAACAGCACCCGGCGUGGUGACGUGACCAUCUAUCUGACGUCCCCAAUGGGAACCCACAGCAUCCUGCUCAGUGAGCGUCCAGCCGACGAGGACGUGAUCGACGGCUUCCAGCGCUGGCCGUUCAUGACCUCCCACACCUGGGGGGAAGACCCCCGGGGCGAGUGGGUGCUCGAGGUAGCCAUGGCAGACGGCAGCCCGCACGUCGCCACCCUGACCGAGUGGACUCUGGUGCUACACGGCACCAAAGAAGGCACCUACAUCGAGGAAGCCAAGUCCAAGUCUAGCUGCAAUCAAGCCGUCCUGGAGGCCGAGAAGGAGCAAGAAAUCGAGGAGAAGGAGCAGCGGAAGCUUGAACAAAGUCAGGCGGGAGGAAACCUGGACUUGGGUCAAGAGGUCGAGCUCCUUGAAGAUCUAGAGGACGCUAUCAACAAAGAGGCAAACCAGGAACUCGAAGACGAAGAUGAAGAUGAAACCGAGGGAGAGGAUGACAUCUUAGAAAUGCCGGCAGCGCUGGACAACGCAGUACUGCCGCCACUGACGGUCGAUGGCCUACAGGACUCCAGGGACAUACCAGAAGCGUUCUAUUACCCUGAUGGCGGGGAGCCUUGGUACGGGGAAAACGAGUUCUACGGUGAGCCGGUGGGUCAGGACCCGUGGGAUGGAUGGACUGAUCAGGAUGAAGAGAACAUAGACUGGAAGGAUCCGGACAUCUGGAGCAAACUUGGGCAACUGUUUGAAGAGAAGUAUGGUCAACAGAAAUAUCCAUAUGGAUAUUAAUACCCACCCGAACCCACCCUCAGCCUCCAUUCACGCCUACAGAUCCUUUGCAUAUUGGCAGAAACAAAAUGUUUCCAACUUUCAACCUUCUAAAUGUAUGUUGGUUGCCGUUCUUGAAAUAAUGAUGCGUACUCAAUUCCAAAAAAAAAAUCAUUCCAUGUCAGAGAACACGCAAACACAGCUCUGCACCGAGUACAGUUUAUCCACUGUUCUAAAUCAAUACUGAUGACAGAAAAUUGAGAAGGAUCUGUUGGCGUCACUACUCAAAACAACGUUGAAUAUCCUAAACAGCAAGGACUACAAAGUCCGCAAAAACGCACCAUCAUAGAAAAAGCCAUUUUAUGUUGAGGCGUUUAACAUAAGCUUUACUUGAGGAGCAUUAUCUGUUCGGAAUACAUGUACCUCAAUGUGCAGUAUCCCAUCACAGUCUGAACGGAAAAUCAUGGUUUCUUUAUCAUAGGUAAAAUCACCUGUGUCAUGUUUGGUGAUUGGACGAUACUGUAAGCAUAUAGGCCUAUCCUAGGUGUACUCGUCAGGUUGUUGCUCGAAUUUUGUUGUUUUAUUUAGUGUAAUUAUGUCCUAGAUUGUCCUUACAAAAAGGUCAAAAGACAUACUUCUGACACCGUUGCUACGGUAACCAUUUCCAAGAUGGCUCCCACGUAUCUACUGCAGCUUCUUUGAAACUCGGAUCCUACACACAAGGAUUAACGACUCGGUCAAACUCCUGGUUAGACACCCGAUAACGGCCCGUACUGGUGGCAAAUACCAUGAAUACUUGUCAACAAAGACCCCUGCGCGCGGCGGCUUUCACAUUUGCUGGGCUCUGCGCCCGAUCUGUUGUCGAAGUCUGUCAAGCCAGCUAAUUAUAUUUUUGAAUAUUCAUGAGUCUACGUUUUGGUCUUUAUAAUUGAAUUCUGAUAAGUGAUAACUACAUAACUAUGUUAAUGCCGAGCACUAUAUCUUUAGUUUUAAAAUGAACAAUGAAAUGUCGCAUUUGUUUUAUCGGUUCGGGAUGACAUUUCUCUAAAACUUUUUAUUGAAAUUUGACUUUUAUUUCUCGGGUAAAUACUUAUCUAUGACGACAAAAAACUGCACAAUACCGUCUGUUAUAUCCUGAAGUGUUUUUUUUUUCACAAUUUUGAACAAUAAUAUUAUAUCUUACAUAAGGAGUGGUUUUGCUUAAAGCUUUAUGAAUAUUUCCGUUUUAGAUGUCAUGCAAAAAAGGACACAAUGGCACACAUGGAAAAUUCGCGAUUACAAGU